UUGUUACAUAUCUAAGUCACCUUCGACCUUGUGCAUAACAGCCUGCUCAGUGCUGGCCCUGGGCCUUCGUAUCGUCCUCUACUGAUCUGUAAUUUAUACGCGCUCCUCUUGCUCCUGUUGACUUGUAGUGAGAAAUGUUCGCAAGAAGGAGCCAAAAGGCAGUCGGGUUUGCAACAAGAAGAAUUGCAUCAAAGUCGAGACUUUACAGCGAUCGUGCAGCAGUAAACAGAGAUACCAAAUCUAUCGUCCAGAUUUCACGGUCCAACAUUUUUCGCUUUGGUGACCCAAACUUCGCGGCGCCGGUCUUCCGUGAUGUUGAGUGGACUAUCGACGAGGGUGAAAGCUGGGCUGUAAUAGGGACGGGAUCGAAGCAAAAAACAGCCCUUUUGCAGACACUCCUAGGUCACCUACGUAUAACUCCUCCUCCACCCUUACCUGGAGGACUAUUUCCUUUCCUCUCGGAUCCUCCACGCGACCCACACAACUGCGUGGCUCUUGUAUCAUUCGCGCAUCGGCCCCGUGCAGCAGGUGGUGCCUUCUAUGACUACACUUCUCGAUACGGCGCAGUAAGAGAAGAAGACCGUAUCACCCUUCGGGAAAGUAUGUUUGGAGAAUACGACUUUCUGAACAUCCAGCCGAAAGGUGGAAAGGUGAAAACUCCCGUUGAAAUUGCACAGGACGAAGCAAAGAAGGGCAUCUUUGAGGACCUAACUUCGAGACUAGGUCUUUCCUCUCUAUUGGAUUUGCCUUUAAUUGCUUUAUCAAAUGGCCAGACGCGUCGAGCACGCAUUGUGAAGGCUAUUUUGUCUGAACCAGAGCUCCUCGUACUUGACGAACCUUUGACCGGCCUUGACGUCAACACCCGCCCAGUCUUGUUGAAUGUUCUUCGGUCACUGCAUGAGUCUCGCAGUCCACGCAUUAUCAUGGGUCUCAGGAUGCAGGACCCUGUUCCUGACUGGAUUUCGCACAUUGCUCUAGUGACGGGCGAAACUAUCUUGACAGGUGUAAAGGAUGAAAUCAUGUCCAAGCACGCGGAACAUCACGCAAAGGAAGUUGAACAUAGAAUGGCAAGCACCACUCAGUCAUAUCUGCAGCCCGGCCUUGAUCAUGGAAAGCCUGUAGUCGACAUGCAGAACGUAAACGUAUCAUACGGCCCACGCAAGGUGCUCAAAAACAUCAAUUGGACCAUUCGUGAAGGCCAGCGCUGGCAUCUUCAAGGCGCAAAUGGUUCCGGGAAAACUACACUUAUUUCGCUUCUGACUGGCGACCACCCCCAGUCUUACACUCAGCGAGGUGAUUCGAACCUUGAGCUAUUCUCCCGACCUCGGCAGCGUAUCCCUACUCCACUCUUACGUUCGCUCAUUGGCGUCGUUUCACCAGAGCUUGCGAAUGCAUACCCGCGACGCGCUGGCGUUAGUGUGUUCGACGUCGUAGGCACAGGAUUUGACGGCGGUUUCGUCCCUGGUGGAAAGGACGGCGUAGGCGGGGGUCUAGAGGGCGCACUCAGCGACGAAGUCAGACAAUGGAGAGUGAAACGCGUACACGAGGUCCUCAACGGCCUCGGCCCGACUUCCUGGGAGACAGAAACUGGCAGUUUCGCCGCUGGCGACGAUCUGUUGGCACCGAACGAAGUAUUUUCGAAACGGGAAUUCGUGGAUCUCUCCGCAGGCGAACAGAGUAUCGUUCUGUUGAUGCGGGCACUUGUGAGCCGCCCCCAACUUGUUUUGCUGGACGAAGUCUGGAGUGGUAUGGACGAAAAUAUGGUUCGCGCUGCGAGGCGCUACCUUUGUGAGGGUGGUGUUGGGUCUGACCAAGCAGUGGUUGUUAUUAGCCACUGGGAGGAAGAGGUGCCUUGGACGGUGCGAGAUGGUUUGAGAAGAUUUAAAUUAGAUGAUGGGGAAGGACAAGAGUUCUAGAACUGUUCUCUGGAAAACCUGAGCGCGUUAGAGAUAGAAGGUAUUGUUUGCUUGAUCCUUUGAUAGACUACUCUAACUUCGAGGUCACCUGUAAAAUUCCCCUUUCCAAGUAGUGAAAUAUACCAGCCACUGGCAGCCAGGCUCAAGGCUUUACUAUAAGUCAACGUCACGUGUGACGCGCUGUCUACUGCUCGCUUGUAGUAGCGCUCACUAAGUCGAUUUAAUGGACCAAAUUCACCUUGCCAAGGGUAAAUGUCGUAAGUUACGCGCAGAUCUUUCCCUCAAAC